UCCGGUAGAAGUUAAUAAUCGACAGGGAACCAAUAGGUCAACAGUUGUGUUGAGUUUCACAGUGAGAUGUUGCACUUUUUUAGGUUUCUUCUUCUUAUAACAAGUUGUGCCGUUGUUUUCGGUGGUAAAGACGAGGAUCAGGGACCUGUUAUACCACCGUCAAAAUGUGAAGUCUGUAAAUUUCUUGCUACUGAGUUAAAAUUGCGCCUUGAGGAAACUGGAAAAAGUAAAGAAGUUUUGGAAAUUGGUCAUGGAUUAGACAACAAAAAGAAGAGAAUAAAAUACAAUACUGCUGAGCUAAGAUUGAUUGAAGCCCUGCAGGACCCACAUAUAUGUGAAAAGAUUCUUGAAUACAACAUCCACAAGGAGCGUGAUGGCAGCAAUCGGUUUGCAAAGGGGCAGAGUGAAACCUUCCAAACCCUGCACGGUCUUGUCAACCGUGGAGUGAAAGUGGUAAUGGACGUGCCCUAUGAGCUGUGGAACCAUACCUCAGCAGAGGUGGCUCAACUGCACAGGGAGUGUUUCAAUGUGGUGGAGCGCUAUGAGGAGGUGAUAGAAGACUGGUACUAUGAACAUCAGGACCAGGACAUCACGGACUACCUGUGUAGGAAGCACGUCCUCAAACGGGAUGACCAAAAGUGCUUGGAUGAGGUGUGGGUUCCAAAAGCCAAGGAGCAAUCAGCAGAGAAGGAAGAGAAGAAAUCACAGUCCAAAAAGUCCAAGAGCAAGGAUAAAAGUAAAUUGAAAGGUGAAGUGGAAGGCAAAGAUGAAUUGUGACACCUGAACAGUGGAACAAUUUUUUUAAUGCUGAUUGUUAAAAAACCCAGUUUGUACCAAAGUUUGCAAAAUGUGUUUAACAUGUUUUGAAUUGUUUUGUGCCAAAAUAUGGAAUGAACACAUUAAUAUCAAAUAUCAAUUUGGUGAACAUGACUUUAAUUUUUGGGUUACUAUAUAUUUUAUAUAGAAUGUAUCAGUAAUGAUCUGAUGUCUUUUGGUUGGUGCAAAUAGUUUAAAUUGUUUCAACUUUAACAUCAAUUAUAUCAGUUUCUCAAUUCAGCACUAACUGUUGAUAAUAAUCUUGUAUUCAUGUCAAUACAAAAACUGUAGGUUUGUCAAUAGACAUACAGUUCUAAGCCCUGUAAAAAUAGAAAAUUAGGCAUAAUCAAAAUGCUUAAAGUGUUGUUCAGUUCCAGAUAAGGGUGUAAAGUCUGCAAAGUGGUAAGUGCCAUCCCUAUUUAGCCUAUGAGGAUUGCACAAGCCUAUCUGGGACUACACUUUACACAUAUUUAUUAAGCCCAGUUUUCCAAAAACGUGGCUCAGAUAUAGUCCAGCUCAUGCAGCGUUGUUUUUUUUGUGUUGGGUGUUGAGUAAAUGUAUCUCAAAGUAUUUGUAGGUGUUUGCUACAAUCUCUUCUCUCUGCAUUCUUUGAUCUGGCAUUUAAUUGUGUGUUGCUGAUAUGCAUGCAAGCAUGUACAUGUAUAUGUAAUAAUUAUGUAUGCUUAGUUGAAAAUGUCUUAAGCCUGCCUGUGCACUUCAUGCUUAUGGUGAACUUAUGGGAUUGUCUUUUUUUGCCCAUCCUCCUGUCUUCUAAUAUUUUCUAGUGAGGACUAUAGAAGCCAUAUUACUGUCUCCUUGUCUUAGCCAGAAUAUUUGUCAGAGUUAUAUCUCGGGUGAGAUCAAAUUGGAGCAUUUGGAGUAAAAAACUAGGUCAUUUGGUCAUGUUUUGAAAAAAAGCAUUUAAAAACUUUGGAAAUCACAUGUUAGGCCUAAUCAUCAUGAAAUUUACUGAUUACAUUUGUUCUUAUAUAUUUUGGCCUAGUUGAAAUAAAGUUGGGCAUUUUUCUUAAUUUGACAAUAGUGAAAAUUUGCCUACACUUUAGAAAUCACAUUUUUGCUCAAUCUUAAUGCAACUUGCUGUUGACAUUUAUUAUUCUAAAGUACUUCUUAGUAUCGGCCAUGUUCGGAUAGUUUUGGUCUAUUGAAAACAUGUGAUCAAGGAAGUUCUUAAUAUAGAAAUAUUAAAAUCUUGUGAAUUUUCUAGAUGCUUAAUUAUCAUGAAACUUGCUGCAAAAUUUAUUUAAUGAUAUCUCAACAAAGUUCAAGCAUGGUUCCCAAUUGUGGAAAAAAAUACUGCUAGGUGUGGGAAUAUUUUCUUUUUAUUGCUUUAGUUAAAAAUUCUUGAACACUAACUGGGCAAAACAAUUUAUUUCCUUCUGGUCUCAGGUUAGCACUCUAUAACCAUGUUGCCAUCUUGUUCUGUAUUUUUAUUAAAUAAAUUCAGGAAAGAU